AUGUCGUUGUUAGAUGGAAAUAGCUCUCUUUGGGUGGAUUGGGUGAAGACCCACCUCAUGCGUCAAGAGUCUUUCUGGGAUAUUAAGGAUAUUGGUUUAGGAUCCUGGGUUUGGCGGAAACUACUGCAGUUGAGGGCCACUACAAAGCAGUUUAUCAGAAUGGAAGUUCACAGUGGACAGAGUAUGAGGUUCUGGACUGAUCUAUGGCAUCCUUUGGGCAGAUUGAUAGAAGUGGUUGGAGAAAUUGGUACCCAAAAGCUUGGUAUAGCGAGAACAGCCUUGGUUUGUGAUGUGAGGAACGAUGGUCACUGGAGGUUCAGAAGAUUUCGUAAUAGACAUAUGAAGGACUUUAUUCAGGCAAUUGAAAACGACAGAUUAGAAGAAGAUCAAUUUGGCCAGGACGUCGUUCUAUGGAGGAUGAAUGAUACUGAAUUUGGUAAAGGUUUCACUACCUCUGAGACAUGGCAGAAAAUCCGUAUUCACAGUCCAGCAGUACCAUGGAGUAAGGUUGUCUACGGGUGA